UCACUACUCUCUUACUUUCAUAUUACGUAUUGCGUGAUAACUGACAUUCAUUGGAUGAUUCAGAAACAAAAGCAUUUUUUAGUUCGUAAACAAUCAUUACGACGAAGAACGUAAGUAAUUUUAAGAAAUAUCUUGGAUUAAAAGUUAUCCUUAUGGGUUUAAAUGAAAUCAAAUUAAGAUUGUCGAACACUAUAAUCGAUGAAGUUAUAAUACGUCAUCGUUUAUUCCUUUGACAAAUCUUUAGAAUGAUCAUUCCGACUACGCAUGUGUACGUUCCCCUGAAACAAUAGGUUCAUUCUCGUCGAAAUUCAUCGUUUGGCAUGUAGUCAAUUUCUUUUACAAGAAUAAGCUCCAGCUAUAUACUAUCGACUGCUCAUAUAUUAAAUCAGUCUUUCGAAGCGCACUAAUCGUACGACAGUAUGAACUUAGAGAGCCUUCGCUCGUGCAAACAUUAUUAAUUAGUUUAUCAACUGUUAUGGUUCAGAACCAUUAACGUCUUAGAGAGUAACGUAAAUUUUAAUGUUAUGCACGGUCAAUUAAUUAGGAACGGUAAUUAAUUAGCAAUAUUCUUUUCCAACUAUGUAGUCUGCCAAAAGAUUCAUAAACAUCCAUUAUGGGGAAUGAGAGAGUUUCUUAAAUAAAAUGUUAUUAACAAAAAAAAAUAUAUAUAUAUAUAUAUCGACCAAUAUGAAACAUUGGCAUGUGUAAAAUUCGAAUACAACUUUCAUUUUAACCCGUUCCUCCCCAUGUUCUUUUUAUCAAAUUCGGAAGCUGUAGUGAUGCAAGCUGAUGAAUCUACGUCAAUAUCCAAACUUUUAUCAUCUUAGCCCAGGUUGAUACCAAGGAUAUAAGCGCUUGCGCGAACAUUCCUUCGGGGCUAGGCUUUUGUACCUCUUUAUUGGUGGGACGAACAAAUAGUUACGAAGUUCGCAGCUGCGGUAAUAUCACUGCGCGCUUGGGCCAGCAGGGUGGGGAUGCUGUUCCUCCUCUCACUCCUGACGAAAGUAAAUGUCUGUGUAUACAUGGCCACCUUUACUUUUUCACGGCUUGUCCAUCACUGUACAUUACUACUGAUUCGGAAGCAUAGUAUUAGGUUGUCCGAAAAGUGUCUUUCUUUUACAGAUACGUGUUUUACAACGAUCCAUCUUUGUACAAACAUGAAAUCUAAUCUGUCGAACGUUGUGAUCUUUAUUUUGAUAGAACAAAAUGUAUGUAUAAUGGGUCAUACGUAAUUCGAUAAAAUAAUAUAAAAAAGAAAAUGCUGUGCAUCCAUUAUUUCCUUAUAAAACGAAAGAAACUUCUCGGACGACUUAAUAUGUUCACUGACUGGUAUUACGAAACUCUAAUAGCCAAGUACCCGUGUAUUUAAAUAAUAAAUAUUACGGAUGAGCCAAGCGCUACAGCCUAAACGAAACUGUACCGCCAUCCAAAUAACUGGUUCAAGCAGAACGAUGACAUUUCUCCGUCGAUUCGAUGCAAAAUUUGCAUUAUUUAACAUACACAAAUUUAAGAGCUAUAUAUGGUCUUUUAUAUGAAUUAACGUGCUGAUUCGGUCGUUUUAAACUACCGCAAAAGGAUGAGAGAGGCCCUUUAAAAGAACUCUAAAUAUCAAGUUCCGUCGACACGGCAGAAAGAAGGAUUGGCUUGUCGAGAAUAGAGGUACGAUAUCGUUCAGUCAGCAAGUAGCUGCCUCCAAUAAUUACUUCACCCUAUUCGAACCCCUUAUCGAUCGUGGAUCGUCCCAGAUUAAAUGUAACUGGUUGUCGAGGGAGUCUAAUACAAACAAGAGCACUACUUUAUGGUUGGUCGAUAAGUGGGUUGCAAUUAUCGGAAAAAUUCAGGACAUGCAGUGCUAGGUCCAAUGACAAACUCGAGUCGAACGAUUCGGCUUUUAUGAGCAUUUUUUUGAAAGGUAUAAAGCCGACAUAAUCGGCCCAAUUUCAAGACAACGGGUCCUUGCAUCCUAUACUUCUAACCAUACGAUGAAGCUUGCAAUAGAAUCAACUCCUUCCGUGUAUCGCCUCUAUUGAUUUCCGAUUUUUUCUCGGUGCAUGUUUCAUAAAAGUAAGAUCCUCGAAACAUUCGAGAUUAUGAUUUCACGGUUGUAAAGAUGAUCGUGAUUCACAUAAAAUGGAGACAAUUUGGAGAAGAGGUGGUAUGGUGAUGCCAGUGAAGAAGUAGGAGUAAGGUCGUCGGCGUGGCGACUCACGCUUCUGCAAGAACGGAAAGACGCGAAGCACGGGAAGACGAUCGGCUUGCUUGACAUGGUCUCUGUGGCGUGGUCGGGACCUGGUGGGAGUACCAAACGGGUGGCAGAGGGUGGCUCUAGCCGCGUAAUCGUCUCGCAUGCAGUCGUCUAGCGUGAGUCCGCGCGAGCGGAUCGUCGAGUCGCAUCGCUCUUGGUUGUCGGGUAUCGAAAUACUUGCUCCACCAAAAGUCGCUACAGCCCUUUCGCAAAUUUUCGCGGAUUCGUUUAAUCGAGAAGCAAACGACGUGAGCAUUAUGCGCGUUGCCAAGGGGCGCGGACGUAUGAACCACCGUACAAACGGAGCCAUUGUGAACGGUGACACCGUAAACGAGCCUCGGAUGUUCGCGCGAUCAUCGAGCCUUUGACACACAGGCCCGCUUGAUCCUUAGUAGACGCGUCGAGUCGGUCGUAGAAAGCCUCGCGUUUAUCACUCCCCGGCCACCUUAGCCGUUCCUUUACCCCCACCCUUCUUUCGUCCUCCCUCUAUUAUUCGCGCUUCCGUGUGUACUCCGACUUCGAGACGUACAUGAAACCAACACCUUAGACCUCCGCUAGGCCGCUAGACCACCUUUCGAUAUCUUUCGAAGACUACUACAUACUUCGUCGUGACGCUUGAUCCUCCUCCCACGACUCUUCUCAGCCUUGUAGACAACAAGUAGCGAGUUCGUAAUUAAUAUCGUAAACAAGUACGAAAACAACACUCCUGUUGCGAAGGGGUAGGUUUUUUUAGCGCUCGAGAACUGUAUUCCGAAGCUGAACUAGCCGCACACACCGCUUCCUGCUUUCUGCUGGCACCGCGAUCUUUCGUUGCGAAUUUCCCGAUCGAAGUUGCCACGAUCCUCCGGCGGGAAAACAGUCUUCAAGCGACGAGACAGAAAGUCGAUUCGAAUCCAUGACCUCGUGACGAGCGAGCGAUGCGACGGUGAACAAAAGAAUGCUUCGUAGUCGGUAAAAGUCGACGAGCCAGGAACACCGUGGAGGAAUUAUGCCGGACAAAAAUCGAGGCUGCCGAGAUGGACAACGCGACAAAGAUUUCUUUGCCGACGAGAUAUCGUCCAUCGGCAUGUCGCUACGACCCAGCGGUAGCGCAUCUUCCGGCAUUUCAUCCCUUGCGAGCUGUGGCGAGGUGUACGCGUUACCAGAACUGCCGGCGCAAGACGAAGAACGAUUACAACGGGCCGCACGUUUACUGCAACAAAGGCUCGUUUUACGCCAGUGGUUGACAGACCAUGGCUUGCAUAGCCAUUACCAGAAGCUAAUGCAGAUGGAAGUGAUGUCUCUAGAGGAUGUAUAUUGGGUGGAGGAUAAUGCUGCACGGGCAGCCCUUGGCAAGGAUCUACCGCGAUGGAUCCAGGCCAGACAGACGCUGCCCACUUCAAAGGAAGAUUUAGAAACCCUCAAGGCUGAUCUAUGGAGCGCCGUAGUGAAGAAUAGUCAACAUCAGGACGCUUGGACAUGGGGUGGAAUGUUGGUAGUUUCUGUGUCAGUAGCAGGGUUAGUGACCUUGGCUGCUAUGACACAACCAGCUCUAGCACCAGAAGCAAAGCACUCCUUGCUGCAAUAUGUGACUGGAAAAUAUUUAUUACCGAGCAAUUGCCGAGUUCACUUUGCAUGGGAUGAGCCACAGCUCGUAGGAGGAACUAUGACGUUUAUAGUGAAGUUUUAUCAACGCAACGGUCAACCGUAUCCUAUUUGUGACAAAGACAAUCUGAUCGUUGAAGUCACAGAAGGUACACGCAGGAUAGCUACCCUUAUAGAGUUGGGGGGUACGGACCCCUUAGCUGCUAAUACUGCAGUUGUAAAGUUUACUGUCCGCCAUGCUGGACAAUAUCGAAUAGCCGUACUUAUUGGUCCGUGUCACGUUCACGGCAGCCCGUUUCUUAAAAAUUUUCUUCCCGGUCCUCCGGAUCCAAAUAAGACCAUCUUUGUACGACAAAGUUCGACAGUCGUUUGUACAGCGGGAGUUGCACAUUCUAUGACAAUAGAACCUCGAGACGAAUAUGAUAAUCUGUGUAUAUUUGGACCCGGUGAUAAACCCACGGAAGGUUACCAAGUUAACAUUACUCAGAUUGGUAAUUCGGUAGAUAAAUCGGCUAUUGCGGAUUGUAGUGUACAACUUGAAUACGACUCUCCGAAUCAAAGGAUUCGCUUAAAAGUCAGUUUUCCAAAGGGUAGCUGUUAUCAUGCGACAGUCAGUUUAGGCGGACUACAACUACACAAUGGCGAUUUCGACAUCAUUGUACUCGAGAAUGAUGUUGCUAGAAUGGUACACAAUAACGUGGCUUCGAAGGACCCCAAUAUUUGCUAUGCCGCUAAAUUGUUGGGCAUGCAAGGCGAGAAAUUCUCAAAACCAAAAAAAGUUGUCUGUUUCAUUUCGCCUAAGCAACUUACUAUUAAAGAAUACUUACUAAGGAUUAUCCCGAAAAGGCUUAUUACAUUCAGACUUUGUCCAUCGACUAAAUUCCAUUUUGAUUGUUCUAAUAAUCAAUACGAAGGUUACGAUUCUUUUUCUAUCGAUGACGGAUGUCAGCCACCCGUUGAAUUAAUUUCUCUAUAUAGAGAUAUAAUAGCCGCUACAUUCACGUUGUUUCUGUUGAAGAACAUUGGAGGAAGUGAAACUUUCGCUGAUAAACAAGAUUUCUUUUACCACGAAGUUCGGAAACAUCAUCAAAAACAUUAUCACGAGAAGCUUUCGAUGAAAGUUCAACGAGAUAAAUUGCUAGAAUCGUCCAUGAAAGCUACCAAAGGAUUUUCUGUGAAUGACUGGUGUAGAAAUUUUGAAAUCAAUUUCCAAGGCGAACAAGGAGUUGAUUGGGGUGGUGUCCGAAGAGAAUGGUUUGAAUUAAUUUGUGCGGCACUGUUCGAUUCAGGAAACGGUUUAUUUGCAUCCUUCGGAGAAUCACAACAGGCACUAGUUCAUCCUAACAGUAAACGGCCUCCACAUCUCAAGUUAAAACAUUACGAAUUUGCAGGACGAAUAGUGGGCAAAUGCCUAUACGAAUCCGCUCUUGGCGGUUCCUAUCGGCAAUUAGUACGUGCAAGAUUCACAAGAUCAUUUCUUGCACAAAUCAUAGGCCUCAGUGUACAUUAUAAGUAUUUCGAGCAAGAUGAUCCAGACUUAUAUCUCAGCAAGAUAAAAUAUAUUCUUGAAAAUGAUGUUGAGGAAAUGGAACUUUAUUUUGUUGAAGAAGAAUAUGAUAAAGAUGGUCAAUUAUUAAAAGUAGCUGAGUUAAUACCUGGAGGUAGUAAAAUUCGUGUAACGAAUGGAACUAAACUGCGUUAUUUGGACGCACUCGCCCAACAUAGACUUGCUAGUUCCAUACGAAACGAAGUGGAACAUUUUCUAAGGGGAUUGAACGAACUCAUUCCCGAUAACCUUUUGGGAAUUUUUGACGAGAACGAACUUGAAUUAUUGUUAUGUGGAACUGGCGAGUACAGCGUGGCAGAUCUACGUGCGCACCAUAUAGCUAAUGGGAGUUCUUCAGAAUUUCUUCGAGUUCUUGAUUGGUUUUGGACUGCAGUUAGCAACUUUACGCAGGAAGAGAUGGCCCGAUUAUUACAAUUUACUACAGGUUGUUCGCAAUUACCACCCGGUGGAUUUCAACAACUGAGUCCACGAUUUCAAAUUACAGCAGCACCAACUUUUGCUAACUUGCCUACAGCACAUACUUGCUUCAAUCAGCUCUGCUUACCGGGUUACGAAUGUUACGAUCACUUUGAACGAGCUUUAUUAUUAGCGAUUAGUGAAGGUACUGAAGGUUUUGGCAUGAUUUAAACUGACUAAGUGUCAAUUAAGUUCUAGUCUUAUAUAAUUGUGCUAUUUAUUUAACUUUUUAUUUUUCGUAUUAUUAACAUAGUUUUAUUUUGAAAUGUCUGCUUUUUUUACAAGAUUACAAAAAUUACAUUUACCACACAUUUUGAUACAUAAACAAAGGAAUAGGAUUUUUGAACAUAUUCUUUUUAUGUUCUAUCAAGUGACUAUCAAGAACAAUCAGAUAUAUUUUCCAAACAUAAACGACGAUAUUAAUAUUCUUACUGGCUUGUGGCAACGUUUUUAUAAAGAGACGAUGCAAAGAGCAAUCUUACAGGAACAUCUUGCUCAAUUUAUUGUAUCAAGAUUUGUUGUAGUUUAAAAUAUUGUAAAUUUGAUUACUCAUAAAAAUAGGUACGUACACGUUCCUCAAGCCAUCAGAUUCGAUAUAUUUAAUUCCACAAUUUAAUCGAUACGCAAUAAAACAUUCUUUUAUAGUUACCGAAUUAGUCAAAGUUAGCAUGUGCAUAGUAAAGUUUGAGAAAGUCGCUGUGAGGUUUAUUAAACUAUUCAACUUAUCAGUAUUUUUAUCUUCUUUUUUACUUCGAAUAUCGCACUAAGCACACGAAAUAAAUAAGGAAACAAUGUUUCGAUGAAUGAAUUUCAUAAGUUCUUACUUAUAGAAGUAAAUUAAGUUCUUACCUACUACUUGCAACCAAAGUCAGUGAGUAAUCUUUAGAUUUCUUUGUAGAUGCAAUAUCGUCUGUAAUUUUGUUAACUAUAGCAUAUAGCUUAUAUGAAAUGUCUUCAAUUGCGAAUAAACAUACUAAGCUUUUCUUCGUUUUCAUAUCGCAUUAAAAGGUAUUUUAAGGUGGUAAAUCGACGAGUACGACCGAAUCCAGUCUCAAAAUUGUAGGACAGCAUUAUUUGUUGUCGCAAUUAAUAUAUGCAAUAAAAAAUGUUUUAGAUCGACUAGCGAGAAAAUUACAUAAAAUUACACCUAACACAACGUACUCAAAUAUAAAAUGAUUUUGUGAUAACAAGAACGAAUCUUCCACUGAAAUUUUUGCCGUGUCUUCGCUUACCGUGUACGAAAACCUCAAAUGAGAAAGGAUCUAUACUGUGCUGGCUGAAGCCUAAAAGAAGUAUACCGCAGAAACGAUAUUGUUAUCGAACAAAACGAAAAUCAAUUUUAUCUUGUACUUAUGUACGCAAUAAUGAGAUAUGUGAUCAGACACGUCGUAUUUGUGUCACUCGUACGUGGUUAUUUAGAUUUUACGAUCUAUUGUAAUGUGUUUUUUGAAAAAAAUAAUAUACCGUUAGCAUCGCUCUACUACGUACAUUUGUUUCAUCUACGUUAAAAUGGUAUAUAUAAAUGUUAUGUAAAAUAUGAUGAAUUACGAUUAUAUGCUGUGCAUACAUUUAUAUGCAUGUUUAUCAGUUAUCAAAUGUAUUUGUUGAUGUUUCAUAAUAAGAAAUCACUUUUCCAUAGCAAACUGAGCGAUUCUGACGGUAUCUUAUUUUUAUCGCUUUAUCAUGUUACAUGAAAAAAAGGUGUAAAAUAUAGAUAAAAAAAAACUA